CUGGAUGAUUCAAGAAGACGCCCGUUCUCUCUGGAUGUCUCUGCAACCUCCAUCUUCUUGAACCAUCUCCAUUCCCCCAACCUACCACAAGCGUCCAUCGCAAUUUCACCGAACGCCCACUCUUCCUGAUCUAUAAAUGCCAAAUCCCUUCCACCCCCACAAGCACGAUACCAUUAACUCUUCGCAAUCAAAUUAACUCUUUCAGAGUUCAACAAAGCGAGCUCACUCCUAUUUUUGAUUAAACCUUCUGCAACAAUGUCGCUGAUUCCGAGAAGCUUCUUCGGCGCAGGACGCAGCCUAGUCGACCCAUUCGCUCCCGACGCCUGGGACCCAUUCCAGGAUUUCCCCUUCGUCGGCGGCGCCCUCUCGGGCCCUCGCUCGGAAUUCGCGAAAGAGACGGUGGCGAUUGUGAACACGCGCAUCGAUUGGAAGGAGACGCCUGAGGCGCAAGUAUUCAAGGCGGACCUGCCGGGGCUGAAGAAGGAGGAAGUGAAGGUGGAGGUGGAGGAGGGCAGGGUGCUCCAGAUCAGCGGCGAGAGGAGCCGCGAAAAGGACGAGAAGAACGACAUGUGGCACCGCGUGGAGCGGAGCGUCGGCAAGUUCCUCCGCCGCUUCCGGCUGCCGGAGAACGCCAAGGCGGAUCAGGUGAAGGCGUCCAUGGAGAACGGUGUACUGACCGUCACGGUGCCUAAGGAGGAGGUCAAGAAGCCGGAUGUCAAGGCCGUUGAGAUUUCGGGCUGAGACCUCAGUUCAAGUUUUCUUAAAGCAUGUGAUAUGUCUUGAAGAAAGCUUGAUAAAAAAUUAAAAAAUAAUAUGUGUAUCAUAUGUCAACCGUUAAGGAGUCUUGCGAUGGGUUUGUCCUUCGACUUUGAGAGAUUAUCCUUUUUAUUUUGGGGUCUUGCUCAAUGUAUUAGUGUACUUGGGGAUUGUGUUAUUUCUCACUAAUAAUAGAAGUGUGUUUAUUUUAUUUUUGAAAAGAAA